AUGUCCGUCUGUAAACAGUUAUUUUGUGUGCUGAAGCACCGGCAGACAUUGACUUUUUGUAGAAGGGUCACUACCUGGUCACCGGUUGGAGCUGCAUUCAAUGCCAAAGCUCAAAGAAGACUGGACCUGUUUGAAAAAAAAGUGGGCUUGUUUGGUGUACCAGAAUUAACCUCUACGGCAGGUUUUGAAGUUAUUCAAGAAAGAGCACUCAGAGAAACAGAGCAGUUGGUAGAGAAAGCAUGCAACAGUCCCCCAGGGGUCGUUACCGUGGAGACCUUUGACAAGCUUUCAGACAGCUUGUGCAGGGUGGCCGACUUGGCUGACUUCGUCAAGGUGGCACAUCCAGACGAGUCGUUUCGUGAAGCAGCAGAGAGGACCUGCAUAAGUAUUGGCACUAUGGUGGAGAAGUUGAACACUAAUGUAGAUCUGUGCAGAAGCCUUAAGAAUCUGUUGGAUAAUAAAGAGAUUAUGGCAAAAUUGGAUCCAGAGACAAGGAGAGUGGCAGAACUGUUCAUGUUUGACUUUGAAAUAAGUGGAAUUCAUCUGGAUGAGAAACAGAGGAAAGAUGCUGUCAACCUGAACGUUCAACUCUUGGAUCUGAACAACCAGUUUCUCAUGGGCAGUCACCUCCCAAACAGAAUAGAGAAAAGAGCUAUACCCGACCACAUACAUCAGCACUUCACCAGGGAGGGCAAGUACCUUCAGAUCGGAGGCUUACAUGCCGAAUCCCCGGACGAUCUGGUUCGAGAAGUUGCAUAUAAGAUUUUCCUCUACCCAAACAGCCAUCUUAUGGACACCCUGGACAAGCUGCUGUCAUGUCGGGACAAACUGGCCCGACUGGUCGGCUAUGAGUCCUACGCUCACAGGGCACUGAAAGGAACCAUCGCCAAAAGUCCAGAAAAUGUCAUGAAGUUCUUGCAACUUCUAACAGAGAAGCUCUCAGACAGAACAGCAAAAGAUUUUGACAUGAUGAGAGACAUGAAAGCCAAACUCAACCCCAGAAAUGCAGAACUGAUGCCGUGGGAUCAUCCAUAUUUCAGCGGCGUGAUACGAGCUGAGAGGUUUAACAUUGAGCCGAGCCUGUAUAGCCCGUAUUUCUCUCUGGGAGCCUGUAUGGAGGGUCUGAACAGUCUUUUCUCUCAGCUCUUUGGGGUCUCCCUGCUGGCCGAACACCCCAGUGCGGGGGAACUGUGGAGCGAUGAUGUUCGCAAACUGGCCGUGGUUCAUGAGUCUGAAGGCCUGCUGGGUUACAUCUACUGUGACUUUUUCCAGCGCCCCGACAAACCGCACCAGGACUGUCACUUCACCAUCCGUGGAGGGCGGCUAGCGGAGGACGGGCAGUACCAGCUCCCCGUGGUUGUUCUCAUGCUGUCCCUCCCCCACCCGACCCCCAGCGCUCCUACCCUCCUCACCCCGGGCAUGAUGGAAAACCUGUUCCACGAAAUGGGUCACGCCAUGCACUCCAUGUUGGGACGCACACGCUACCAGCACGUGACUGGGACGAGAUGCGCCACGGAUUUUGCCGAGGUUCCCUCCAUUCUGAUGGAAUACUUCGCCAUGGAUUACCGCGUGGUCAACCAGUUUGCCCGUCAUUACCAGACUGGACAGCCUCUGCCGCAGAGCAUGGUGGCGCGUCUGUGCGAGUCGAAGAAGGUCUGCGGAGCAGCUGACACUCAGCUCCAGGUUUUCUAUGCAGCCCUCGAUCAGAUGUAUCACGGGAGGCCCCAGAACCGAUCGACGAGCGACGUCCUGAAGGAAGCGCAGCAGACAUUUUACGGUCUUCCAUACAUUCCGAACACAGCAUGGCAACUGAGAUUCAGCCACCUGAUUGGUUACGGGGCAAAGUACUAUUCCUACCUGUUGUCACGAGCAGUGGCCUCCAUGGUGUGGAAGCAGUGCUUCCAUAAAGACCCUUUAAACAGGGAAACUGGAGAGCGCUAUCGUAGGGAGAUGCUGGCGCAUGGGGGUGGAAAGGAGCCCCUGCUCAUGGUCGAAGGCAUGCUGCAGAAACAACCCACCGUGGAGGAUUUUGUGGACGCUCUGGUGUCUGAUCUGGAUCCAGACUUUGAGACUUUCAUCAUGGACUCGGAGGGUUGAACUAACACGAUUGUGUAUCGCCCUUGGCAACCUUUCACUUUUAACCCAACUUUCAAGUUUCCCAAGAAGCAUUUUUUUUUUGUACAGGUGCUGCUCACUGGUUAGAGAUCACAGUUUGACUUUUGUGCUUUACUGUCCUACAAGACGGCUCAAACGUAAACUGGAUUUAUUUUUCUACUGUAUGUCUGCUUAAAAACCUACAGUGGAUUAAUGUCUUUUUUUUUUUUUUUACAGAAAUGGUAAGGUUUACUUAGGUAUAAUUAUUGUGAAAGGAAUUUCUUUUCUUUUUUUUUUUUUUUUGCCUUGAAAUCUGUAUUUCUUCAUUUGU